CUUCCGGCAACAGCGUGACGUCACCGUGUCAGCACGCUGAAUCACCACAAAUGUACACAAGAGGUCGGUGUUGCACUGUUUUUAUUUUUAACAAUUAAACGACCCUCGGAUGAGGGGAAACCUGUCUCCAGCUGUCACACACAGGGGUUUUAAACAUGGCGGAGCGCGUGGCCGCACGUUUGGCCGCACAGGAACGGCAAAUCGAGGUGCUCGGUGAAGAAAUCAGCCGCCUCCGUGACGCAGUCAGUGGUGGUUGCUUUAGUGCCGAGCUCGCAAGCGGCUCCGAACUCGAGGACCUGCGGGGCGAGAAUGAGAAGCUCCGGUACCGGCUCGUGCACCUACAGCGCGCUCUCCGGGCCGAACUGGAGCUCGAGCUCGAGCUCGAGACACAAGGCCAGGCCGGCGCGCGCACAGGCCGUGAGAGCAAGAGCAACGCUGUGCAUAAGAAGCACGAGACGAGCGCGAGAGAAACGCCGAAAGUAAAUGCACCCCAAAAGAGCACUGAACCGACGAAGCCUCCAGAGGUCCAAAACUCCACAGAGAAGAGCAAGAAGAAGGAGAAACCCAAAGGACAGGGAGGAGUAGGGGAGCUGAAACCAUGGCCCGGCUACGUAUCAGAGCGCUUGGAGCUCUAUGAGAGACUGAAGAAGGAGAGUGACUGCAACCUGGCCAAGCAGGCAGCUAAGAGCAAGCCCAUCUCCGUCCAGCUGCCCGAUGGACAAAGAGUGGAGGCUCGAUCCUGGGUCACUACUCCUUACCAACUCGCCUGCGGUGUCAGUCAGGGGCUGGCUGAUAACUGUGUGAUCGCACGGGUGGACGACGAGUUGUGGGAUUUGGAUCGACCGCUCGAGAAAGACUGCUCUCUGAAACUGCUGCGCUUCGACGAUGAAGACGCCCAGGCCGUGUACUGGCACUCCAGCGCCCACAUCCUAGGAGAAGCCAUGGAGCGCUUUUACGGAGGCUGCCUGUGUUACGGGCCUCCCAUCGAGAACGGCUUCUACUACGACAUGUUCCUGGAUGGCCAGAAAGGCGUGUCGAGCACGGAGUUUGGAGAUCUGGAAACACUGUGUAAGGGCAUCAUGAAGGACAAGCAGCCGUUCGAGAGAUUGGAGAUUAGCAAGGAAACCCUGCUGGAGAUGUUCAAGUACAAUAAGUUUAAAUGUCGUAUCCUGAAUGAAAAAGUGACCACCCCUACCACUACUGUGUACAGAUGUGGCCCUCUCAUUGACCUGUGCCGAGGCCCUCAUGUACGGCAUACGGGCAAGAUCAAAGCACUGAAGAUCUAUAAGAACUCCUCCACGUACUGGGAAGGCCGCUCGGACAUGGAGACACUCCAGAGAGUCUACGGGAUAUCUUUCCCCGACACUAAGAUGCUGAAGGAGUGGGAGCGCUUUCAGGAAGAGGCCAAGAACCGAGACCAUCGGAAAAUCGGAAAGGAUCAGGAGCUGUUCUUCUUUCAUGAUCUGAGUCCAGGCAGCUGUUUUUUCCUCCCUCGUGGAGCCUACAUCUACAACACCCUCACUGAGUUCAUCAGGGAGGAGUAUUGGAGAAGAGGUUUUCAGGAAGUGGCAUCUCCAAACAUCUACAACAGCAAACUGUGGGAGACGUCAGGCCACUGGCAGCACUACAGUGAGAACAUGUUCUCCUUCCCCGUGGAGCAGGACAUCUUCGCCCUCAAGCCCAUGAACUGCCCUGGACACUGUCUGAUGUUCUGUCACCGGCCCCGGUCGUGGAGGGAGCUUCCCCUGAGGCUGGCGGAUUUUGGCGUGCUGCAUCGUAACGAACUCUCAGGAACACUGACGGGACUCACCCGCGUCCGCCGUUUCCAGCAGGACGACGCGCACAUCUUCUGCACCAUGGAGCAGAUUGAGUCGGAGAUGAAGGGCUGUCUGGACUUCCUGCGCUGCGUCUACGACGUCUUCGGCUUCUCCUUCCAGCUGCAUCUGUCCACACGGCCGGAGAAGUUCCUGGGGGACAUCGCUGUGUGGGACCAGGCUGAGAAGCAACUUGAGAACAGUCUGAACGAGUUUGGAGAACCGUGGAAGCUAGACCCAGGCGAUGGAGCUUUUUAUGGGCCAAAGAUCGAUAUCAAGAUCAAGGACGCCAUCGGGCGUUAUCACCAGUGUGCCACCAUCCAGCUGGACUUCCAGCUGCCUCUUCGCUUCAACUUGACUUACACGGGGAAAGAUGGAGACGACAGAGCCAGGCCUGUGAUUAUCCACCGCGCUAUCCUGGGCUCAGUAGAGAGGAUGAUCGCCAUUCUCACAGAAAACUACGCUGGGAAAUGGCCGCUCUGGUUAUCUCCUCGCCAGGUCAUGGUAGUGCCUGUUAAUCCAUCCCUCGAAGAAUAUGCCAGCGAGGUGUGUAAGCAGUUUGUGGAGGCGGGUUUCAUGGCGGACGCAGACCUCGACUCUGGCUGCCUUCUGAACAAGAAAAUCCGCAAUGCUCAACUGGCUCAAUACAACUUCAUUCUGGUGGUCGGUGAGAAGGAGAAGAUGACUAACGGCGUCAACGUGCGCACGAGGGACAACAAGGUCCACGGCGAGCUGACAGUGCCUGAGGUCCUGGCUCGGCUCUCUCUGCUCAAACAGUCGCGCUGCAGGAAUGCUGAGGAGGUCUUCUGAACAGAUAUAUGGGCCUGAUUCCAAUUCGGAUUUUAAAAAAAAAGCCUCCUACGUUUUUUUUUUUUUUUUUUUUUUUUUUUUUUUUUUCUGUCAGUAGCAGCUGUUUGGAAGAAGAUAAUGACUUGACUAGGAGUGUUACGGUGUCAUGGUUUCACGGUUAGUCACUGUGUAUGAUCGGAUGCUUGCCUCAUUGCUGACUGCAUUUCCAUUUCUUACUGCCUAUGUUUAUUUUAUUUGAUUUUUUUACCCAAUCAAGGGCACGGUGGCUUAGUGGUUAGCCUUGCACCUCCGCCGUCUCCGCCCUGUGUGCGUGGACUUCGUAUGUUCUCCUCGUGCUUCAGGGGUUUCCUCCGGGUACUCCGGUUUCCUCCACCAGUGCAUAAACAUGCAUUGUAGGUUGAUUGGCGUUUUCCAAAUUGUCCGUCAUGCGUGCGAUUUUGGCUUGCGAUGGGUUGGCACCCCGUCCAGGGUGUGCCCUACCUUGUGCCCCGAGCCCAAGCUUAAUUAAUUAGAGAACGCAGCUAUGCUGAAAACCCUUUAGCUGUAAACACGUUACGUUGCUAUCUCUGUCACACUUCUAGCAUGUUCCUUUAAUAUAUACAACACCUAGAAGAACACAACAUUGCUGACCAGAACUAAACCAAACUACCUAUUCUUUUGGCUUUUUCUCGGAAACCGCUCGCUCUUUCAGUUUAUAACACCCGAGUGAUAAAUACCGACCGUGACGGAGAAGUCAUUUCUCAAAAAUAUAUUUCUAAUAAUGAACAAUAAUUACUCGAUUUAGAUUUUUUUGUUGUUGUUUAAUGGUUGAUUAACUGUGACACUGUGAUUUUUAUUUUAUUUUAUUUUUUAAAUAAAGAUUAGGUUAUAAGACUGUUCACAUUUCAGACCGUAACACCCCUAGACUCGAUUAUUAAACAUUAGAAAAGGCUUUAUGUUUGGAUCUUUUGGAUUGGGAUCAGGUCGUCAGGCGUAACCGAUAAAACCAGGACAAACCGUAAUGGGAAAUGCAGUCGCGGUUCUAGAAAGUGGGACGUGAUGAUGUACGGUGUUGGACAAAGAGGAAAACGGCUUUAGAUGGAACGUAUUAGUGAAAGUAAUUUACGAUCAAAGAGAGGUUAUUUUUCAGUGCGUCGUAUGAAAUCCGAACAGUUCUGUGGACACGUGGGAAGCAGUUGGUAGGGGUGACAUUUGGCUUGAACACUCGUGAAUACAGAAAAUCGUUUCGACAAAACGUCAUUGCAAUGAUGCUUUUUUUUUUUCUUCUGUCAAUUGCACUGAAUGUAAGAACGCAGAUUGUAAAUUUCACCCAGACUGUUCAUGUGGUAAAUUGUGUUCUGUUAAAGGGAAGGUUCAAUGGAGUGAUAUGUGAUGAUGGGGGGGGGGGGGGGGCGUAAAGCUUUGAUGACUGCUGGGAAUAAUGAAGAAUAAACCAUUUUCAGAGA